AUGGUCCUGAACUUGUACCUGAAUCUGCUCUCCCCCUCCUGCCGCUCCCUCUACAUCUUCGCCAAGCUGCACUUCAUCUCCUUCGAGAUGAUACCUGUGGACCUGAUGAAAGCUGAACACCACAGUGAAGAGUUUGUCCAAAUGAGCCCACUAAUGAAGGUGCCAGUCAUGAAGGAUGAAGACUUCGUCUUAGGAGAGAGUGUGGCCAUCAUGCUUUACCUGUGCCGAAGAUUCAGGACACCAGACCACUGGUACCCGAAUGAUGCCCAGAUGUGUGCGUGUGUGGAUGAAUACCUAGCCUGGCAACAUCUGAACUUAAAAAAGCAUUGCACCAAAAUUUUGUGGAUGAAGAUGAUGAUCCCACACUUCUUCAAAAAUACUGUGCCCAAGGAGAAACUCGAGGAAGCCAUGGCAGAGUUGAACCACAGCCUGGACUUGCUGAAGCGGAAGUUUCUGAAGGACAAGCCCUUCCUCACGGGAGACAGGAUUUCCCUGGCUGAUCUGAUGGCUCUGGAGGACCUGGUCCAGGCCAUCAGUGCUGACUACAAUGUCUUUGAGAACCGGCCCUGGCUAAGAGUAUGGCAGAAGAAGGUAGAGAACAUCGUGGGCCAGGACCUCUGUGAGGAGGCCCAUGAGCCUAUCCUGAAGCUCAAGGAUGCGCCCACCCUAACCUCUGAUAUGGUGAGGAAAUUCGAUGUAACAAAGGGUCAGCUGCUGUGA